GCUCGUGCGCCAUUAGCUCCCACUUCUCUCCCGUUCCGAGCCCUCCUCGCCCAGCUCCGCCCAUGUCGCCCGCUUCCCCUUCUCUCCCCUCUUCAGAUUCGCGGCUCAAAUGGCGGAAGAGGAAGCGCGACGCCAAUUCCAGGCGCCAGAAGCCGCCGGACGACGACGAGGAUGACGAGGACAACGAGGAUGCUGGCCCCGCCGCGGAGGAGGCGCAGGAGGACGGCCACGACUCCCCCGCGAACCCCGCCGCCGCCGACCCCGUCCUCGACCUCCGCGGGUCUGAGGUCCUUUCCGACGGUGGCCACCGGAUCUCCGACUUCCCAGCCGCCGUACGCCACAUCGUCAAUCUCCCCCACCCUUCCGUCCUCGCCCUCGUUGCCGCCGAGCGCUCCAACUUUGCAGCCCGCCCGUGGGUUCCCCCCCUUUUGGAGAACAUCUCUUACGGCCAGCUGCAGGCCCUCUCAGCGGUGCUCCCCGAUAACCCUUCGCUGCUGCAGCCGUCAGACCUUGAAAAGCCCUCGGCUUAUGUUUGUACACCGCCGCCUCUCAUGGAAGGGAAGGGCAUGGUGAAGCGGUUCGGCAAAGAACAGCUUCUCCUUGUUCCAAUGCACUCCGAUUGGUUUUCUGGAAGCACUGUGCAUCGGCUGGAGAGGCAAGUUGUGCCGCACUUCUUCUCAGGGAAAUCUGGCGAUCACAGCCCAGAAAAGUACAUAGGGCUUCGAAACAAGAUAAUUUCCAAGUACCUGGAGAAUCCCGGGAAGAGGCUAUCUUUUGCGGAUUGCCAAGCGUUGGUUCCAAACAAUGAGCUUUAUGAUCUUAGUCGAAUAGUUAGGUUUCUGGAUCACUGGGGGAUUAUUAAUUAUCUUGCAGCUUCUUCUGUGCAUCGUGGUCUUAGGAUGGCUGGCUCCCUUCUUAAGGAGGAUGUCAGUGGGGAGCUUCAGCUUCAGACUGCACCACUGAGGUCCAUAGACAGUUUGAUCUUGUUUGAUAGACCAAAAUGUAGCCUCCGUCUAGAUGAUGUUGCUUUGCUUUCUCAUUCUGCAUCAGUAGAUUUUGAUGCUGGCAUUGGUGAUUUGGAUAGUAGAAUUAGGGAACGGUUUGCUGAACAUACAUGCAAUUUCUGCUCUUGCCCACUCACCAAUUUGCACUAUCAAUCACAAAAAGAGGAUGAUAUUAUGCUUUGCUUGGACUGCUUCCAUGAUGCAAAAUUUGUUACGGGCCAUUCGAGCCUAGAUUUUAUAAGAAUGGAUUCAAGAAAUGAUCAUCCAGAUCUUGAUGGGGAUAACUGGACAGAUCAGGAAACAUUGCUGUUACUUGAAGCCUUAGAAAAAUAUAAUGAAAACUGGAACGAAGUUGCAGAAUAUGUGGGCAGCAAGACAAAAGCACAAUGUAUAUUGCAUUUUCUUCGCCUUCCGAUGGAAAAUGGUCUACUAGAAAACAUUGAACUUCCACAUAUGCCCACUUCAGUUGAUUCAUCAAAUGUACCUGAUCCCGUUAUUCAAAAUUCAAAUUCUAAUGGUAAUAUCGUAGGCAAUCGAGAUUUCUGUAAUGGUAGCGAGCUCCCAUUUUCAAAUUCUGCCAAUCCAGUUCUGUCCCUGGUUGCCUUCUUGACCUCCGCAAUUGGACCAAGAGUUGCUGCAGCUUGUGCAAGUGCAGCAUUGUCUAUCCUGACUAGAGAGGACUCCAGGAUCAGAUCUGAGAGCUGGCAUUCCGAAGUUGGCAUCUGUGGGCCACAUGGAAACUUGGGUCCUCACAAAGAUGGAACUCUAGAAGGUCAAGUGCCACAGUCUACUUCGCUUGCUCCUGAACUUGUGAAAUAUGCUGCCAUGUGUGGCCUAUCUGCAGCUGCAGUGAAAGCAAAAUUAUUUGCAGAUCAAGAGGAGCGUGAAAUUCAGAGACUGGCUGCAACUAUCAUAAAUCACCAGCUAAAGAGGUUGGAGCUGAAGCUGAAACAGUUUGCAGAAUUGGAAACCUUACUGCUCAAGGAAUGUGAACAGGCUGAGAGGAUGAGACAAAGGCUUUCAUCUGAACGCCUCCGAAUGAUGUCCACCCGAUUUGGAUCAGCAGCAAACAAUUUAUCAUCAUCAUCAUCAUCAUCAUCAUCAUCAUCAGUAGCAGCGGCUGCGCCAACCGCUGUCAGUGCAAAUACCGUGCCGCCUACCAUGUCACCCUCGGUUGGGCAGGUGAAUGUGCCAGCUACUUAUGGCAGCAAUCUUCCCGGCCAUCGGCAGAUGCAGUUCAUGCAACGGCAGCAAAUGUUUGGUUUUGGGCCGCGGUUACCUCUCUCGGCAAUCCACCCUGCUCCUGCCCCCUCUCAAAAUGUCACGUUCAGUUCUGGUGUACCUAACACUUCGACUCCUAACCAUCAUCCAUUGUUAAGACCCUCAUCGGGGAAUAAUCAAUAGGAUAAAAAUGUUUAUUCUGUUGUUCAUGUUGAUCAUUGUAACGUGUCUGAGCAUAGUUUUAACAGAUAAUGUGAGUUGAUCGUCAGAAUAGUCUUUGUCGAA